CAUCUCGUUGUUGUCACUCCGCAGCCCUCUGUUUUCCGUCUAUCUGCGCAGGAGCAGAGAAAGAAGGAAGGCGAAGCAGUAGGAGGAGUAAGACUUGAAAGAAGAGGGAGAAAGAUGGGUGACGGGACGGCCAACUGCGUCGACAUCCUCCUCGCUAUCAUCCUUCCUCCCCUGGGAGUCUUCCUCAAGUUCGGCUGCAAGAUAGAGUUCUGGAUCUGCUUGUUGCUGACGAUUUUGGGGUACCUUCCUGGGAUCAUCUACGCCGUCUACGCCAUCACCAAGUGACCUUAGGGCGCCCUGUCUCCCUUCUUCCUAAACUCUGAUGGCAUCUGAUUGGCGGUUGAUUGGUUGGUGGUGGAGGGUUUGGAUUCGCAGAUGUAAUUCGCGUGUUUGGUUCUGUGGAUUGUCGUCUUUUUUCAUUCAUUGGGUGUGUGUUUAACGUGUUUGAUGGCACUCUUUGCCUGUGGAACCUUUCUUUCUGUCUCUCAUGUAUGAUCGUGUAAUUUGAGUGUCAUCUUUAGUGCCCAAACUGUAAUAAAGAAGCAGUAAGUUCGUUUUCUA